AUGGAGGAGCACCUGGAGGAGCACCUGGAGGAGCACCUGGAGGAGCACCUGGAGGAGCACCCGGAUGAGCACCUGGAGGAGCACCUGGAGGAGCACCUGGAGGAGCACCUGGAGGAGCACCUGGAGGAGCACCCGGAGGAGCACCUGGAGGAGCACCUGGAGGAGCAUCUGGAGGAGCACCUGGAGGAGCACCUGGAGGAGCACCCGGAGGAGCACCUGGAGGAGCAUCUGGAGGAGCACCUGGAGGAGCACCUGGAGGAGCACCCGGAGGAGCACCCGGAGGAGCACCUGCAGGAGCACCUGGAGGAGCAUCUGGAGGAACACCUGGAGGAGCACCUGGAGGAGCACCUGGAGGAGCACCCGGAGGAGCACCUGCAGGAGCACCUGGAGGAGCAUCUGGAGGAGCAUCUGGAGGAGCAUCUGGAGGAGCACCUGGAGGAGCACCUGGAGGAGCACCCGGAGGAGCACCUGCAGGAGCACCUGGAGGAGCACCUGGAGGAGCAUCUGGAGGAGCAUCUGGAGGAGCACCUGGAGGAGCACCUGGAGGAGCAUCCGGAGGAGCACCUGGAGGAGCACCUGGAGGAGCACCUGGAGGAGCACCUGGAGGAGCACCUGGAGGAGCACCUGGAGGAGCACCCGGAGGAGCACCUGCAGGAGCACCUGGAGGAGCACCUGGAGGAGCACCUGCAGGAGCACCUGGAGGAGCACCUGGAGGAGCACCUGGAGGAGCACCCGGAGGAGCACCUGGAGGAGCACCUGGAGGAGCACCUGGAGGAGCACCCGGAGGAGCACCUGGAGGAGCACCUGGAGGAGCACCUGGAGGAGCACCUGGAGGAGCACCUGGAGGAGCACCUGGAGGAGUACCUGUAG